AACAAACGCAUUUAACCUUUCACCCAUAGACAUAACAUAACUUACAAGGCAGAAGUACGAAGUUCAUCAUAGUUCAUGCAUUGUGUCGUUUGUAAUUGCUGUUAUUCAGUGACUGUAACUUAAAUGUUAGCUUAAAAAUGACUCACAGGUUACAAACAGUGUUGCGUCAUGUUCAAGUCAGCCAGCCACAAACUGAUCUUCAGUCAUAUUCCACUGCAGCCUCACUCCCAAACAGACCAGAUGAUAUUGUGAUUGUGUCCGCUCUCAGGACUCCUAUAGGGAAAGCUAAAAGAGGAUCUUUUAAAGACACUCUUAAUGAUGAUCUCCUGGCAGCAGCUUUUAAAGGUGUUCUUAAUCAGACUAAGAUCAACCCAGCAGACAUUGGGGACAUUUGUGUUGGUAAUGUCAGUGAUCCUAGUGCAGCGUUGUCAGCCAGAUUGGCUCAGUUUUACAGUGGAAUACCUCCAGAAGUUCCCAUAUAUACCACAAACCGUCAGUGCUCUUCUGGUUUAGUAGCUGUUCUGAACUUGGCAGGUAACAUUAAAAAUGGAGUCUACAAAAUAGCAUUAGCUGGUGGAGUGGAAUCCAUGAGUACCUACGGCUUGGGUGCCCCUAAAGGUAUUGUAUUCAAUCCCAGAAUUGGAGAGAGCCAGCUAACACAGGAUUUACUUUUACCAAUGGGAAUAACAUCCGAAAAUGUGGCAGAGAGAUUUGGGGUUUCAAGGCAAGAUCAAGAUGAAUUUGGUUUCAACUCACAACUCAAAGCUAAAAAGGCAGCAGACGCAGGCCUGUAUGAUGAGGAAAUCAUCCCUGUUAGCACCAAAAUUGUGGAUGAAAACGGUCAAGAAAAGAAAAUUGUUGUAACUAAGGAUGAAGGCAUUCGUCCUACUACCUUGGAAGGAUUAUCAAAACUGAAGCCUUCCUUUAAAGACAAUGGUACAACAACAGCAGGCAACUCUAGCCAAGUCAGUGAUGGGGCCGCGGCUGUUCUUAUCAUGACCAGAGAUGAGGCAGAAAAGCGAAGACUACCUAUUUUAGGAAUACUUCGCUCAUCUGCUGUCAAGGGUUGUCCCCCUGACAUAAUGGGCAUUGGCCCAGCCGUUGCCAUUCCACUGGCUUUAGAAAAAGCUGGUCUGUCUAUCACAGAUGUAGAUAUUUAUGAAAUAAAUGAAGCCUUUGCCAGCCAGGCACUGUACUGCGUCAGGAAGCUGGGCAUUCCAAUUGAUAGGGUGAACCCCAAAGGUGGUGCCAUUGCUCUUGGACACCCACUAGGAUGCACUGGGGCCAGACAAAUUGCCACACUUCUACAUGAGCUUAAAAGACGUGGACGCAGAGGUUUCGGUGUUGUGUCCAUGUGUAUAGGCACAGGCAUGGGAGCAGCCGCAGUGUUUGAAUACCCAGGACCAGCCCAAUAAAACUUACCCAAAGAAAGAUCACACUAAAAAUCACUAACUCAACUUUUGCACUUGGGUCUGAUUGGCAGAGAAAAAAAAUGAUGAGACAUUGGACUAUAUUGUUUGUGACAUUGACAUUGCUUUAGAUAGCAUUAUUUUUUUACAAUGACCUUACUUUAUUGACAGGAUUAUUGUUUGUGACAGUGACCUUACUUUAGACUGCAUUAUUAUUGACAAUGUCCUUACUUUAUCGACUGAAUUGUUUGUGAAAGUGACCUUACUUUAGACUGCAUUGUUUUUGACAAUGACCUUACUUUAUGGACUGAAUUGUUUGUGACAGUGACCUUACUGUAAGACUGCAUUGUUGUACUGUCUAAAUUGAGAUUCUGUUGACAUUGUUCUUGAACUUUGUUGUGCACAUUCUAUUUAAUUGGAUCAUUAAUAUUUCUGAGGUCAUCCUCAUCUAUCUUAACAGGCCACACAUACACUACUUAUUAAUCAGAAAUUAAGGGGCCACACAUGGAGGUGCGGUGGCUGAGCGGUAAAGCGCUUGGCUUCUGAACCGGCAGUCUCAGGUUCGAAUCCUGGGGUUUUAAAUUUCGGGAUCUUUGGGCACCUCUGAGUCCACCCAGCUCUAAUGUACUACCUGACAUUAGUUGAGGAAAAGUAAAAGCGGUUGGUAGUUGUGCUGGCCACAUGACACCCUUGUUAACCGUCAGCCACAUAAUCAGUUGACCUUUAUGUCAUCUGCCCUAUAGACCACAAGGUCUGAAAGGGGAACUUUACUUUUUUUUUUUUUAAGGGGCCACACACUAAAUUUCUUAUUGAGCAAACAUUAAAUUUCAUAAUAACCAGAAAACAUUUGUCAAUGAUUUUAAUUACUGAAGAAAAAAAAAAUUGACAGGAAUUGGUCACCAUCUUAUAUUUUGUAGGGUUUCUGCGACAUAGACUUUGUGCAGUAGUUAAAGGUAUGCAUAGAAAUAGAAUAUUGGCUGUAGCUUUUGUUUUCAAAUCUGUUGCCUUUAUGUUCUCUCCCCUGAUUGUGUGAUAUAAUAAGAAAUUGAGAAGUGUAUGUUCAAUGCAUAUGUCUGUUCAAACCACUGUUGUUUUAAUGCUCAAAUAAAAUAUUGAUAUGAAUUUCCAAA